AYUGUUUCCAGCAACUGAAUGUUAGAGAAGGAAAAAGGAUGAAAUGCGAGGACAGAUCGAUGAACUUACUAGAGCAUGAARAUCUGGAAUGUSCMCCCUCGACAAAUUCCUCGCAGCUCAGUGAAACUGUUCUCAAAGUUUUUCAGAAGGUUGACAGAUGCAUUCCUGACGAAGAAGACGAUGAUAUGGARCCUCUUGAUAUGCUCUUCUAUAGACUAGUUUCCCCAGUGCUGCACCAGCUGACCCACGACGAGGUGAUCAUCAUUCCUGACGGCUAUCUGUUCAUGGUGCCAUUCGMUGCUCUUCAAGAUCCAAAAACCGGCAGGUAUUUGUCGGAAACUAAACGCAUUCGACUGAAUCCUUCUCUGACGACGCUGAAAAUUCUACAAGAAUCCUCGCAUGAUCAGCAUGACGGGCCAGGAGCUCUGAUCAUUGGAAAUCCCACAACUGGACAUGUCAGUCGUAAUGGUCGUACAGUGAUGUUCACCCCGUUACCCGGUGCUGAGGAUGAAGCCAUACAGAUUAGUAAUCUUCUCGGUGUACAGCCAUUGAUAGGUACCCAAGCAAAAAAAGAAACAGUCCUAAGAAGACUUCAACAAGGUGUGUCAAUUAUCCAUUUUGCUGCACAUGGUAGUAAGAGAAAUGGACAGAUUGCUCUUGGUCCUUCUAAACCUACAACGUACUCGAGUCCAGCAGAAGAGAAGGACUGCAUCUUGACCAUGAGAGAAGUACAAGAGAUCGGAAUUCGUGCUCAACUGGUUGUCCUCAGCUGCUGCUACAGUGGUCGAGGAGAAAUCAAGUCUGAAGGAGUUGUUGGAAUGACUCGAGCCUUUCUUGCUGCAGGAGCACGUGCUGUUGUAGCAUCAUUGUGGGCCAUUGAUGACACAGCAACAAUGUUCUUCAUGUUGAAAUUCUAUUCCCAUCUUAAGAAUGGAGAGAGUGCGAGCAAGAGUCUGCAGAAGGCAAUGAAGGACAUGAGAGAAAUAUACGAGGAACCAAUGUACUGGGCUGGUUUCUUUCUGAUUGGAGGCGAUGUCACCAUCACAUUGUGAUCGAACAUUAACUAGACGCUUGUAAAGCGUGAUGCGGGCUAGCUUAGCAAAAGAUUCACAAUACAAGAUAAAAAUUGUAUCUCCAA